AUGACUACUAACGAAGGAGCGAAUGGAUCGACAGAUAUAGCAAAGGGCUACCCUAAGCUACAGCACGAACCCAGUAGUCUCGUUUCGGACGCCACCAUCGAGAUUAAGACGGAGAGCCCAACUGCUAAGCGCAAAUUGGAGACUAACGGAAACGGCCAUACAGAACAUCAGGACAAGCGACGGAAAGGUACUGCACCUGUCAAAGCAGAGUUCAUUAUUCACAACGAGACAUUCGAGGCUCCCGAAGCACAUCGAGAGAAUGGUGAUGACGACGCUGCUGAGGCAUUUCACCAUAAAGAUAGAUCUACCAAUGAAGGUGACAACAGAAACCAGCGCAAAAAACAGGGAGGUCAGAACAAAAACCGCAGUAUCAAGGCUGCUGCCGACGAGGUAGGCUUAUGUGCUACUCGAAGUCAUGCGCCAGAAUUCUCACCACGAGAGUGUCCGUUUGGCCAGAAAUGUAAGUUCGAGCAUGAUUUACGAAGGUACUUGAAAGACGUGAAGAAAGAUGAUCUUGAGACGUUCGACGGAGUUUGUCCUGUGUGGAAAGCAAGAGAUGGACGAAAAGAGCUCAUACUUGUCGAGGUUCCCGAGCUUGUGGCUAAACUUCAGGACACAUCAAAUGUGGAAGAUGCAGAAAUCGAGACAGUCAACAUAAUUGACACGCAAUCCAGACAAAUGCUCAACAGGAAGAAAUUGCGAACUCCAAAGUCUGACAAAUACAUUCCAUGGAUGGACGGAAAUUUGAGCAGAGAUCCUGCGCAGCAGAAGAUGCCAAAGAAACAGGCAUCCAAUGGUAGAGCAAACUCUUCGUCACCAGAACCUGAUGCAGAUAGUGAUCAGCAAGACCGACGUUCAGCGUACGUGGAACAACCACUUCUACCCUCCGAGAAGCGCAGACUAUACUAUGGUCCAGACACACCUGUUCUGGCGCCACUCACAACCCAAGGCAAUCUACCCUUUCGUCGUCUCUGCACUACCUUGGGUGCCACGUUUACCUUCUCUGAAAUGGCCAUGUCCAUGCCACUCCUGUCAGGACAACGCUCCGAAUGGGCACUGCUAAAAGCACAUGAAUCGGAGAUCCAACCACCAAACUUCAUCUCAAACGACGCGGUCUCAGCGCUGAAAUCGUCGAAACGUAACAUUGUCUACGAUUACAGUCACUCAACGGACACCAAAUUUGGUGCACAAAUAUCAUCAAAUAAGCCCUGGCUAGCCAUCAAAACCACCGAGGUCCUCGCCGCACUGAUUCCAAAUGGCCUUCGAGUCAUCGACAUGAACUGCGGCUGUCCAAUAGACCUGGUAUACAAGGAAGGUGCUGGUUCAGCACUGAUGGAUUCUCCAAACAAGCUCGACAAAAUGCUUCGAGGCAUGAACGCUGUGUCUGGAGCUAUACCCGUCUCCUGCAAAAUAAGAAUGGGCACGAAGACAGGAUAUCCCACCGCACAAAAACUAGUCGAAAGACUCGUCCUAGGGGCAAAGCGCAACAACCACUGGAGCAGCGACGACGAGCGAGACGCACCAUGUGGUGUCGCAGCGAUCACACUCCACGGCCGCAGUCGCCAACAACGAUACACGCGAGAAGCAGACUGGGAGUACAUCUCCGAAACAGCCUCACUCAUCGAAUCCCUAAACAAUCGCGCCAACGCACUCAGCGACACGAUCCACGAACCCGACGCACGAGAUCUCGCCCAACCUCUCAUAUCCGCACAAUCGUCAGCUACAACGCCAAACGGCGUCCACUUCCUCGGUAACGGCGACAUCUUCUCCCACGAAGAUUACUACCGCCACCUCGAAAACGCACCCAUAUCAGCCUGCAUGGUCGCCCGCGGCGCCCUCAUCAAACCAUGGAUCUUCGAAGAAAUCCACCUCAACCAAUACCUCGAUAAAUCCGCCACCGAGCGUCUCGACUAUAUCCGUACUUUCGUUCGUAACGGCCUCUCUGCCUGGGGCACAGAUACCCACGGGAUCAGCACUACGCGCCGUUUCCUGCUUGAGUACCUCUCCUUUACCCACCGAUACGUGCCUGUGGGGCUUCUGGAGUAUCUGCCUCCGAAGAUCAAUGAGAGACCGCCGCGGUAUAGGGGUCGUGACGAGCUUGAGACCUUGCUAGCGAGUGACAGUUAUAAGGAUUGGAUUCGAAUCAGCGAGAUGUUCUUGGGGAAAGUGGGUGAUGUGGAGGGGAAGAAGGGGGAGGAUUAUGGGUGGGUGCCGAAGCAUAAGAGUCAUGCUUGGGAUGGAGAGGCUCAGGGGUGA